CCUUCUGUAUUGAAUUUCAACGUUCUGUCUUCCCUUCCUCUCGUCUGUCUGUCUCUUAACACUUCAGCUUAUAGCUGCUUCUUUGCUUUGCUUCGAUUCUCUACCGGAAGUUAAAUUUUGAAGGAAAGAUUGUACCGACGACGAUGCUUGGGAUUUUUAUGCAGAAGCCCUUUGAUGCGUUUCUUGUUUUGGCUGCUUGAACGGUAUUCUUUGGGAUCACAUGUAUAAAAUGUGCCAUGUCUGUGAUAAGGAGCUGACAGAUUCGGAUAAUGGGGAGGGAUCUAAGAAGAAACUAAAUUCAUUUAAAUUGGACGGUAGAGACAACCAGCAGUCCUGUAAAAGCAAAAAGAAUGAACAAGAUUCUUCUGUGCAUGGUGAUCUAAGUUCAUAUGCAACACCAUUGAUCAGUCCAACAAUUUCACUGACAAGCACUGAUAGCCUUGCCUCAAGCUGCAGUGAGUUUUCAAUUGAAACAAAUGUGAAUGGCAGGGAGGAAGGAGAUGAAAUUUCUUUAAGAAACUGUCAAGACUAUCUCAGUUUUAGGAUAAAUGGGCAAGUGGACAACUUGAGCUUGUCAAUUCCAGCAAAAGGAAUUGGUGCAUCUUUUCCUGAAAAUGGUAAAGACCCAAUUAAAGUAGUUGGUGUUGAUGAAGGAGCAAAGGAUGGAAGUGGGAGUACUGACCAAUCUAAGGAAAGAUCACAGCUCUUCUUGUCUUUGGAUUUUGAAACAAAUAUUGAUUUGUGGGUGCCCCCUGAACCACAAGAUCUGGAGGAUGAUGUUGAAGGUAGUGUGGUUGACAAUGGUGAUGGUGAUGACGAUGAAUGUGGUGAUGGCACAAAGUGGGGAAAACCAAGUUCCUUAAGUAGUUUUGAUGAAGAAGGCAGUGGCAGCUAUAGGCUUGAAGAGGAAAGAAAGAAAGCAAUGCUAGAGGUGAUGAAUGGGAAAUUCAGGGCCCUUGUCAGUCAACUUCUCAGGUUAGAGGGAAUCUCUAUUUCAGGGGAGGCUGGUGAGAACUGGGUGGAUAUAGUAACUUCUUUAUCUUGGAGUGCUGCAUUACUUGUGAAGCCUGAUGCUUUUGAGGGAAAAGCAAUGGAUCCAGGAGGUUAUGUCAAGGUGAAAUGUAUUGCAACUGGUUCUUGCAGCCAAAGCGAAGUAAUCAAAGGCUUAGUUUUUAAGAAAAAUGCUGCACACAAGCACAUGCCUACCAAGCACAGGAACCCUAGAUUGCUGCUGCUCCAGGGAACACUUGGCCAGUGCUCAAGUGGAUUGUCGUCAUUUGAUUCAAUGGAUCAGGAAAAGGAUAAUCUGAAAACAAUCAUUGAGAUGAUAGAGAUGUGCCACCCUAAUGUGGUUUUUGUGGAGAAAACUGUUUCCAGGGAUGUGCAAGAGUCUCUUCUUGCAAAAGGAAUAACAUUAGUCUUUGAUAUGAAGCUCCAUCGGUUGGAGAGAAUUGCUCGUUGUGCUGGUUCACAGAUUAUGUCUUGUGUUGACAAUUUCAUGAAUCAAGAGAUGAAACAAUGUGAUUCAUUCCAUUUUGAAAGGUUUGUUGAGGAACAUGGCAGUUUUGGUGAAGGUGGAAAGAGACCCAGCAAGACUUUGAUGUUCCUUGAGGGCUGUCCUAGACCUCUAGGCUGUACGAUUUUACUGAAGGGAGCUCAUAGUGAUGAAUUGAAGAAAAUUAAAAGUGUGGUGCAAUGUGCAGUUCUUGUGGCAUACCAUUCAAUUUUAGAAACUUCUUUCCUUGUAGAUCGAAGGGCAAUGUUCUCUGCUAUUCAUAGUAGUAGAGUGACAAAUGGAUUUCUGACAGAUCAACAAUUACCACUUGAUGGUUCUUCUGGUGCUUUUCUUAACUCAAAUGAUUCUUUUGUUGGGUCUGCAACUCUUUCCUGUACUACUGAUAUUCCUAUUUCUGAUGAGUUCCAAGAACAAUCUGUUGGUGACAGAAUGUGUCCAAUCUCAGAUGUUGAUCAUACAUCUUCUGGAACUGAUCCUAAUGUCCAUUAUUUUGAGAAUGGUAUUGCUGAAAGUUCAUUGAAUACUCAUAAUAUGCCUGAAAGUAUGAAUGAGUGUUUAUCAGAAUCACCUUAUGAGCCAUUUGCUCCACGCAUUCUUUCUGGGCAGUUACUGUCAUCAUGGUCAGCCUCUUUUAAAAAGGUUCUUUCAGAGAGCAUCCCUAUUGUCUCAUCUACUUCCUACAAUUCCCUCUCCACAUACUUUGGAUUCAAAGAAAAGGAACUAGAUGGUAAGAAUGCGGGUGUCUUUCCUGUCACUACAUGUCCUGAAUCACUUGACCUUAGUGAGAUGGAAAUAAAGGGUAGUCCAGAGGAAGUGAAGUCACUUCAUGAUGAGCAAGAUGAGUCUUUUCCAGCUUGCUCUGAUGUGUCUUUGAACCCUGUCAAGGCUAAUAUUAAUAAUGAAGACAAAAUGCAACAUAAUGAUGGUAUCAGCAGUUUCUUAGAUGCCCAAAGUAUUGUAUUUCUAAUGUGCAGUCAGAAUGUCUUGAGAGGAACUAUUUGUGAGCAAAACCAUCUUUCCCGUAUCAACUACUACAGGAAUUCUGACAUUUCUCUUGGACGGUUUUUGCAUGACAACUUACUCAAUCAGAGGAACCAGUGCUCAAAAUGUGAGCAGCCACCAGAAGCUCAUGUUUACUAUUAUGCACACCAUAAUGGGAGGCUUACAGUACGAGUUAGACAACUUCCUAUGAAGUUGCAAUUGCCUGGUGAAGCUGAAGGAAAACUUUGGAUGUGGACUAGAUGUUUAAAAUGUAAGCCUGAGAAUGGAAUCCUCAAAUCUACAAGAAGAGUGGUGCUAUCCACAGUAUCCCGUGGGCUUUCAUUUGGAAAGUUCCUGGAGCUUGGCUUUUCAGAUCGCUCCAAUUCCUGUUACACACAUUCAUUGUACAGGGACAACCUUUUCUUCUAUGGGUUGGGGCCAACAGUUGCAAUGUUUAGAUACUCUCCAUUAGAUAUUUAUGCUGCAUCCAUGCCACCACAGGUUUUGGAGUUCAACAAUCCAGUUGGAGAAGAGUGGCUCGAAAGAGAAGCCAAAGAUGUGCUUAUGAAAGGGCUAUCACUAUUCAUGGAGGUCAGAGACUCAUUGUCGAAGUUUGGACAAGGGUUCUCUAGCUCACUUUCAAAUGCAUCUGUGGGAUCCAGAGGUUUAGUAAAGAAACUUUCUGAAGUUAAAGGGAUGCUAAAUCAAGAAAAAUCUGAUUUUGAGGCAUUCAUUCAGAAGGUUGUUAGUAAGAAUGGGAAUUUGGGGCAGGGGCAGUCAGUUCACAAGCUUCUAAGCUUAAAUAGUUUAUACUGGGAACUCCUCCUUCAAUUAUAUGUUUGGGAUCGACGUUUGCAUGAGCUUAUGUUAUAUGAUUCUAGAAUUGUUAGCAAUGCUCAAGGCGAUGAAAUAGUGCAUGAUGAACAAUUGUUGCUGCAGAAGGAAGACACUUCUGGUGGAAGAAUCAAGGGAAAAACUAACAUAUUGAGUUCUUGUGAAGAAAUUUGUGAUGAUUCUGCUAUUGCUCAUAUAGCUUUAGUUAACAAUGAAGUAACUUUAUCUUCCACUGCUAACUGUGAUUCUGGAAACUCUGGUAUCAACCUAGAGAAUGGUCUAGAAGUCAAGUUGGAGGAAACAUCUACAGCAGAUGAAAUUGCAGUUACAAAAGUCAAAGAUUCAGAACCUUUGCAUGAGAAUGCAUUUUUAGAAUCUGGUGAACCAACCAAUUUGGUCAAUAGCUUUUUUAAUGCUGAAGCAGAUAGUGGGCCAACUGUGCGAGCUGUAAACCCUGAUUGGUCAUCCAGUGCCGAGUGUACAUCUACUAAGGGCAUAAUGCUACAUAAUUCAGUUGUAGGAAAAGGUUCUUCUGAUGAAUCCUCUUAUUCAUCUGUUCCUCUUCUUUUGGGUGGUGAUGAUUUUCAAGGCAAGUGUUCAUCCAUUUCUGAGCAUUUACAGGUUGAUGUAACUAAUCCAAUUACAACAGAUCUUCUGAGGCAUAGUGAUUCUAAUACUGAUAUAAAUAUUUGUGGUUCACCUAGUGAAAUAUAUUUGGACUCUGCUACAUUCACAAAUUCCCUAUCAUGCAAUUCUUUUGACUCAAAAGACUGGGUAUGGAGACCUUUUUCUGAAAUACACAAGGCUUACAUGAAGGAGAUUCAAAGAGGCAACUCAAAGAAAUUUGAAUUCAUAAAUAACUACACUCCAGAAUGCCUAACCUCAGUCAGUCAACUGAUUAUGCAUGAAGGGCCUAGAUUGCAUGUUCCUAUUGGUCCUGAUGACAAGGUUGUGUCAAUCUACAAGGGUGAACUUUCAAGUAUAAUUGCUUGUGCUCUUGCCUUGUUGCAUGAUCAACAUGGUUCAAACAAAGAGUUAGUUGAGGAUGGAAAAAGAGAGAGAGGAGGGACAGGUAAAACAAGUGAGAGUUUGAAUGGCCUGUUUUCGUAUAAUUACUUUAGUUCACCAUUUUUUUCCUCAACUGGAUCAUUGGAUUUGGAUGGAAUGCAUUCAGCACAAAGUGUCUCAUCAGAAGACUUUCAUGCUCUGAGUUCUGAUGUAUUGAAUUUGAUGGAUCCUCUGCUGUCUUCAGAGGUUCUUCAUCCGGAAAUCUCCCUGGGUCUUGGAAAAUUAGCUGGGAAGGGUAAAUAUUCAGUAGUUUGCUUAUAUGCAAAAGAAUUUCAUGCUCUUAGAAGGCGAUGCUGUCAAUCUGAGCUUGAUUAUAUUGCUUCCCUUAGUCGUUGUCAGAACUGGGAUGCUAAAGGUGGAAAGAGUAAAUCUUUGUUUGCUAAAACCCUGGAUGACAGGUUUAUUAUAAAAGAAAUCAAGAAGACAGAAUUUGAUUCAUUUUUGCAGUUUGCCCCAGAUUACUUCAAGCAUAUUAAUGAAUCAUUCAGCUCAGGAAGCCAGACAUGUCUUGCAAAAAUUUUAGGAAUCUAUCAGGUUAUUAUAAGACAGUCUAAGAGUGGAAGAGAAAUGAAACAUGACCUGAUGGUUAUGGAAAAUCUUACAUUUGGCCGAAACAUUACCCGCCUGUAUGAUCUUAAAGGUGCUAUGCACUCUCGAUACACCUCAGCAGCUGAUGCCUCAAAGAAAGUUCUGUUGGAUCAGAAUUUUGUUGAGGACAUGCAUGUUUCUCCUUUGUUUGUCAGUUCAAAAACAAAGCAUUUAUUGCAACGUGCUGUUUGGAAUGACACAUCAUUUCUUACUUCAAUUAAUGUCAUGGACUACUCUUUACUUGUUGGGGUGGAUACUCAGCGGCAUGAACUUGUAUGUGGCAUUAUUGACUACUUGAGACAAUACACCUGGGACAAACAACUUGAGACAUGGGUGAAGUCUUCCCUUGUUGUCCCUAAAAAUGUCUCUCCAACAGUUAUCUCCCCAAAAGAGUACAAAAAAAGAUUCAGGAAAUUCAUGUCCAUGCACUUUCUAAGUACCCCAGUUUGUUGUAACCCAAAAAAAGCUUUGAGCAAUUGCAAAUUCUGUUGCAGAAGUGAUGACUCUCCUGAGUUAAAAAGUACAGCGCAGAAUGAGAACAAUAAUUCUCAUCCCUAGGUCUCAUUUUGUGUGGUUUUAGCUCAUCCUGUUAUAGUGUUAAGGUCUACCAGUUUUGAUGUAUUGUAUAUAGAUAUUUCACAGUUUGUAAGGCCCCAAUUCCAUUUUUUUCCCUUUGCGAUUUUUUAAGCAAAUCUUUGGGGUUAAUUCCUUCUAAUGGUGACAUAUAUUAUGAAUAAAAAAAGUACCUUAAUCUGA